CUCGAGCGUCCGUUUCUGGUGUUUGCGUCGAGCGUCGUGGGGGCGAUCGCGACGGUGUGGGGCAUUGGCUUCUUUGCCGGCGGGUACCCGAACGCCGGCAACCUCAAGGCGACCGUCUCGGCGGGUGGCGACUGGGUCUACGACAUCCCGAGCUCGUGGUGGUACUACCUCGCGGCGACGAUCGUGCUGUGCGGUCUCGGCAUCUUUUUCCAGUUCAAGGAGUUCAACAAGGACCGCAUGUUGCGCCAGGACGGCGCGUAUGCGGCGGCGGCAACCCCUCGCCGUGGCGACCCGAUUCGCCAUGUCUAA